CAAGCACCGACCAUCAUCUACGAAUGAUCACCUAUGAAUGAUCGAGUGCCUAUCAUCCUUCCUCCUCAUUGCGUCUCUUUGCCUCUCUCCACUCCCUAACAUACGUAACCUACCCUGCAUUCAUCUGGUAUUGAGCCUCGUAUCCUCCUCAGCCCAUAUAUAGUAUAGAGACUACGUCUACCCCCAAGGCUACGCAACCGAGUCUAUCGUAUAUCUCCAUAAUCCCAAUGCGACCUUCGACUUGCUCCCUCUUGUGCUAUCCUUCACUCCCUAUCGUGACCCCGGAAGCGCUCACGAAAGAUAUUCAGCGAAGAUGGUGACCCGCAAGCCGGUCAAUCCAGGACAGCCUGGUCAGGGACAGCCGGUGAACACGGCGCCAUACCCAGUUACACCAGCGACCGAAACUCCUCCAUCGGUACCACCCCCACCGCAUGAUGAAUCUGACGAGGAUGACGAUGAAUGGAAUUCUCCUACCAAUUCGGACUGGGAGAGUGCCGACGAGGGACAGCGCAAGCCCAAGCACGAAAUCCCAGCCGCACUGCAGAUCGGCAAUCGACCAACCUCACGAGAGUCGGAGCAGGAAGAGCUGAGAAAGGUGCCCGCAACCCUGCGAGCUGGACCGCCUGGCGGACUUCCGCAACGAUCGCAGGAAAGUCUACGAUCAGACAAUGCUGCAUUGUCGCCAGGUUGGGAAACGGUGGAACAUACGAAUAUCUCCGGACAAGAUGCUGCGAAGCCACAAUCUCAUAAUCCCUUCCUCAACAUCCAACAGAACAAUCAUCCGACGACUGUCUCCCCCUCAUACGGCGAGGAGAACACGUCCGCCGUAUGGGCAUCCGUGCCCCAGACGAGCACGAACCCAUUUCACUCCUCCUUACCCCAGCAAUUCCAAGCUCCAGUUGAGCUACCUUCGGAAAAAUCGCCUAUCGACGGCCCACCGCAACGAGCUCCUCCCCUUCCUCCACCCGCCACCAACUCCCCUACAUUGGAGCAGCCGCCUUUGAUACCCGUAUCCUCGCAAGAUGCGUCUCCUGGCAUCGGCCGUCAUGGAUCCGAACCAUCAAGCCCUUUUCACCCCGGCAUGGACAUCUCCGGCCUUGACGCUGCCUCCUCAAGGGGUCGCGGAUUGCCCAGCCCAAGCUCCCCCGUUGCACAUCAACGAUCUUGGCAGGAACAGCAGGAGUGGGAACAGAGUCAAAGGAUGAAGCGCGAACGAGACGCCCAUGCAGCAGCCGAACGUGCCGCGUUGGAAGAGCAGCAACAGCGAGCCGAACAAGAAUGGCAUACUGACAUCACAACUGGUCCGAUGCAAAAUCUAACGCUAAAUGAUCAGCCGCCUCAACUUCCACGACCCGAGCAACAACAUGGGUUCCCUCCUCCUCAGCCACCCCCCCCUGCUAUCCAAGCCGAAUAUCCUCCGCCACAGCCGCUGAGACCUGCAGAUGUCCCGUCAGAAGCGCCACCCGCGAAGCCUGUUCGACCGCAGACAUCUAGUCCAUUAUCCGCUACCGGUACUUCUCGUCAGCGGAAAGAGCACUAUGCAAUCAAGAAUAUCCGUUGGUUUGACUCGACCGCCGACAGUGGACGAGGCAAACUCAGGGUAUCGCCCAUUCUGAUUCAAAACCUAAACGGUCCAUGUCCGCUAUUGGCUCUUGUCAACGCUCUAGUGCUGUCAACUCCGGCAGAGGAGAACACUGCCCUGAUUGAAGUACUACGACCAAGAGAGCAGGUUUCGCUCGGCUUACUUCUGGACGCUGUUUUUGAUGAGCUGAUGUCAGGACGGCGAGGUGGCGCAGCUCAGGGACUUCCCGAUGUUGGCGAGCUAUACAGCUUCCUCGUAACACUUCACACCGGCAUGAAUGUCAAUCCCCGCUUCGUUCCAGCCUCUUCGAACCCCAAUGGCGCCAACCGCACCCAACCCCUUGAAGAGGACCCGGAUAUCCACCCCCUCUUCCGAAGAUCCCUUUCAUCCGCCCCUCUUGGAACCUUCGAGUCGACCCGGGAGAUGAAACUGUACUCCACCUUUAACAUCCCUCUGAUUCACGGCUGGUUGCCGAUUCCGGGGUCGAGAGCAUCGGUGUCCUUCGAACGCAGCGCUCAAACUUACGAAGAUGCCCAGAACAUCCAAUUCCAUGAAGAGGAAUUGCUCCAGAGACUCGGCUCCGGCGCUACCCUCUCAGAGGAGGAGCAGGCCCUUUUCGACGACCUCUCUCUCAUCAAAGAUUUCCUUGGUCGCUGGCCAACCCAACUCACCGACACCGGUCUCAUCACCAUGGUAAAACGUAUGCGUCCCGGCGAAAUUGCCAUCCUCUUCCGCAACGACCACUUCAACACCCUCUACAAAGAACCUUCCUCCGGCAUGCUCCUCACCAUCGUCACCGACGCCGGCUACGCCAGCCACGAAGAGGUCGUCUGGGAAAGCCUCGUGGACGUAAAAGGCCGCGACUCCGAGCUCUUCGCCGGCGACUUCCGCGUCGUCGGCAACAUGGAACGCCACGAAAGCGGCGAAAUCAGCCGCGGGAAACAACCCGCUGCAGCCAGCAACCCCUCCCACCCCGUCCGCAACUUGAUAGACAUCGAUCCCACCGACGGAGACGGCUGGGAGACCGUCACGGACAGCAAGCGACGCUCCAAGCACUCCUCCACCCUCCCCACUCAAUCCUCCGCUCCCCCCUCCACCCAACCCCCCGACGACCUCGGCGACGCCACCGCCGCCGCCGCCCGCCAGCGCACCGAGCAAGAAGACCACGACCUCGCCCUUGCCCUCCAGCUCCAGGAAGAAGAAGAAGACCGCCAUCGCCGCGAAUUGGCGCAGCGCAAGCGCGAGGACGAGCUCUCCGCGCAGUUCCUUUCACAGGACAGCUCGGGGGCGCAAGGGCAGGGGCAGGGGCAGGGACAGGGGCAGGGACGGGGGCAGGCGGGCCGCGGCGCGGGCACGGCGAACGAGGUGAGGCCACUGAUUCCGCCGCGGCUACGCGGGGGUGGGGCCCCGGGUGGGUCGGGGAAUCUAAACGUCAGGACGACGGAGGGAACAGGGCGGGGUGCGGGGAAUGGCAAUGGGAAUAGAAAUGACAAUGGAGGUGGUGCUGGCAGCGGGGGCGGAGAGGCGCCGCCGCCGAGCUACGAGCAGGCGAGUCGGAGUCAGCCGUACGUUCCACCGAUGGAUUCUGGGAUGGGUUUUCUGCGGGAUACGGGAUACAUAACUGGCAAUGGAAUGUUGCCGUGCUGCUGUACAAGCUCCCGUUUUUGAGUAGAUGCAAGUUGACGGAAUGAGAAGCAAUGCGACUUGCUCUCAUGAAAGUUCAGCGCAUGUUAUCCGCACGGUAGAAUUGAUUCUCUACACACCAAGAGACCUUUA